AUGGCGGAUUUCAAGAAGCUCUCAGAGUCGCGUGAUCUCACGCGGAUCGAGCGUAUUGGCGCGCACUCCCACAUCCGCGGGCUCGGCCUCGACUCCAGCUUGGAGGCCCGCACCUCGUCCGAGGGCAUGGUUGGUCAGGUCUCCGCUCGACGGGCUGCCGGCGUCAUUCUGGAAAUGAUACGGGAAGGAAAGAUUGCUGGACGUGCGCUGCUCCUCGCUGGACAGCCGGGUACAGGGAAGACCGCCAUCGCCAUGGGGAUGGCGAAGUCGCUGGGUGAGGAGACACCCUUCGCCGUCAUGUCUGGGUCGGAACUCUUCUCCUUGGAGAUGUCAAAGACGGAGGCGCUCACUCAGGCGUUCAGGCGCGCCAUUGGCGUCCGUAUCAAAGAGGAGACCGAGAUCAUUGAGGGCGAGGUCGUUGAGAUUAUCAUUGACCGCCCCGCAGCCGUGUCCGCGGCCAACAACAGGUACUAGACGGCAUCUCCUUCUCUCUCUCUCGCUAAUAUGUGUCCUUAUCGGUUGAGCUUAAUCAGUAGUGUUGCAUCCAUAACUUUUUCCCGUAGGAGGAUAAAUAACUUGCUCUUAUUCUUUUUCCGAACGUCGUUAUUGGUGACUGGUUAUGGUAGUAGUGGAGGAUCAUCUCAUCCACCUUCGUCGUCAUCAUCGGUCUCUGCCACCAAGACAGGAAAGUUGACGCUGAAGACGACUGACAUGGAGACGGUGUACGAGCUUGGGGGGAAACUAAUUGAGGCACUGUCAAAGGAGAAGGUGCAGAGUGGGGAUGUGAUUGCGUUGGACAAGGCCUCUGGGAAGGUCACAAAGCUUGGGAGGUCCAUUGGGCGCUCAAGGGACUAUGAUGCUGUGGGGCCACACACAAGAUUUGUUAGGUGUCCGGAGGGGGAGCUGCAGAAGAGAAAGGAAGUUGUCCACUGUGUCACUCUUCAUGAAAUCGAUGUUAUAAACAGCAGGUAUGGUUUCUGCUCUCCAACUAGAACCGAAUUUGCCAUUAUGGGGCGUAAGAUCCUCUUUGUGAUGGGAUUUUCUGCCAAUUUUUGAUCCUCGUUUAUUCGACCCUCUUGAUGUGUCUAAAAAUAGAUAUAUACUUCAGUUAGAAAUAUUUUGAGCUAUUUGCAGGAGUUACUAACAACCCUAGGCAAUUUUCUGAUUUACGAAUGUUUUGACUUCCUUUCUCUAUUAUUGAGAAGGUUACUUGAGGUUGUUAUGGGGUGUUCUGCCAAUUUUUGACCUUUUUAAAAAAAUAUGACACAGGAUAAGACUUCUAUACACUCAUCAUGAGCUAAAGACAAUGUGGCAUUUAAAGAUCACUACGGGUUGUGUGAAGAAUGUGUAUAUCUUUGUGAUGAGAUGAGACAUUAGAGCAACUUAUUUUGAAGGAAUCAGUGGCGUUUAUUCAGGAAUAUAAUGGCACUGUGUGCAAAGAAAGGAGUGCAAAUUUGAUAGAAAAAAAUAUUCUUGAAGAAUAAGGUUGGAAAGCCCGUGUGAUGGUAAUUAUUAUGAACUUGAUAGGUGUUUUAGUUGGGGGAUGUGUAAGAUUAAAUCCCUGAAAGGGAAAAUUCAUUGCAUAUUCAGAUAUGAUUAAAGAAAAGGUAUAAAUUUUAAAAUAAAUUGAAAUUGCAAAAUAUGUAGUGUGUAAAUUUUUUUUCACUGAGUGCCCUUAUCUUUGUUCCACUGUAAGGACCAUUUUUGUGGGUAUCAAUGAGAUUCUUUUGUCUUAAUGACUAAAUUUGCAAUAAUUGCCGUGAGUAUAGAACUUCCAAUUUUAAACGAAUACAGAAUGGUGGCAAUCAAUGUGACCCAGUAUAAUUGAAUUAUUACAAAUCUUGAAAGGACUAAUAAAACUAAGGGCUGCUCUCUGAGUAGGCUGUACUAACCCUCCAUCUAUUUGUGACCUGAUGGUGGUUGCUUCCUUCUUUCCCUGCCGAAACACAACAUUGGCCAUUCUAUUCAUUAAGAUUUUUGAAUCAGGCACUCUUUCUCGACUUUGCAAUGUGGAAAUUUUUCAGGUAAGUGCCUUCUCAAAGCCCCAUUUCAUCCUCAACGUGUCUCACCAUGCUCAUCUAAUUCUCUCUCCGAGAUGUAUCUUCUGGGAGGUGAGAGCUCAGGUGCUCUAUCUUCUUUCCUAGUUUCAGGAGUGGUAGACAACCCAACUGCGCUGGGUCUCUGCAGAAACCUUUCACUUUUGGUUCUUGCUUUCAUUGUCAAUCUAUUCCACGGCCCUGAACUAUCUUUUCCUUUGCCUGGUACUAUGAAUGCGUAAAAGUAAAGAACGGUGGAUAUUUUUCCCAUUGUUCUUUGAAGAAAACCUACGUUCAAUCAUUCUCUCACAUUAAACCUGAGUGGCAUAAACAUGAUCAUAAUCUGAACCAUGAUUUCGAAGAAUUGUUCAAAAAACUCUCAAAUUAGUCCCAUGAUUUCUUAGUUAUGCCCGCUAUUUCCAUAUCAUCCACCUGCUUAGUAAAAUUUUGAUAAGCUUUUAGAGGAAUUUGAAAUGACAUUGAAAUUAAGGUCUUGCAGUUAAGUUUCCUUAUUUGCCAUCCCUCACUUUCUUUUUUAUUGCUCUGAUUAUCUUGGCUCUGGUUCCUCUACCAUAGGUGUCAGCGUUAUCUAUCAUGAAAUACUUAAUGGUCUCUAAGAGAGCAUAUUUAACCAUCUAGUCCUCUAAUGAAGAGGUUUAUAAUGCCGGGUUCGUUGAAGGCCGCACAAGAGCACAUAGAUCUGGGCCCCGUAACCUGUUGCUGCAUCGAUAUCAGGCACAUACUUUUAAUACUGAAAUUUCACCUUAAAUAGUUUACGAAUAAUGAAAUUUUAAACAUAAAUAGUAGUACAUUAAGGCUUGUCUUUAUACUGAGCAAUGUGGGCAAUUGUUUCUACAUCCUUAGCCUAACGUGUGAUCCAUAUGCAAUAUAAUGUCUUCUCCACAGAACCCAGGGCUUUCUGGCUCUGUUCACUGGUGACACUGGGGAGAUUCGGGCGGAGGUGAGGGAGCAGAUCGACACGAAGGUGGCAGAGUGGAGGGAGGAGGGGAAGGCGGAGAUCAUCCCCGGGGUGCUGUUCAUCGAUGAGGUCCACAUGCUUGACAUCGAGUGCUUCUCCUUCCUCAACCGGGCCCUGGAGAACGACAUGGCCCCAAUCCUCGUGACCGCCACCAACAGGGGCAUCACUACCAUCCGCGGCACCAGCUACCGAUCCCCGCACGGCAUCCCCAUCGACUUUCUCGACCGGCUCCUGAUCAUCACGACGCAGCCCUACACAGAGGCGGAGCUCCGCCAGAUCCUCGACAUCCGGGCCCAGGAGGAGGAGGUGGAGAUGUCCGAGGAUGCCAAGGUCCUUCUCACCAAGAUUGGUGUGCAGACCUCCUUGAGGUACUCGAUCCAUCUGAUCACCGCGGCCGCCCUGGCGUGCCAGAAGCGUCGGGGGAGGACGGUGGAGAUGGAGGACAUCAGCCGGGCCUACCAGCUGUUCAUCGACGUCAAGAGGUCGACCCAGUACCUGAUGGAGUACCAGAGUCAGUACAUGUUCAACGAGGUACCGAGGGAGGCUGAGGACGAGGGGAUGCAACCUUGA